GAGCUUGUGGGUAGGAGAUCCGGAGUGGGCUGGCCUCUAUCAGGUUGCACUCGGUUUCUAAUGGUCUUUCGGAAGCACACUACUCUGGAAGACCUGAGUCGUGGCAAAACCAUCUUCUCAUAGUCUCCCAUCUCUACCUUAUAAAUCAAAUCUUCAUUACCGAAUUAGUGUCUGCAAGUCCUGAAUCCUGGGUAAGUUUCCCCUUCUUGCUGUUUCAUCUCAAAUCCAAAUGUAAACGCAUCCGUAUCUUUUAGUUUUCUUUGUUUUUCACCUAUGCUGUCGUUCGUUACUUUUGAUCCAGGAUCAUCAGUCGAUAGGAAGUCUUUCCGGGAUUUUUUUUUCUGUAGUCUGCAAUCCAUAGCUUUCUUAUCUCUGUUAGGUAUCAGUUUCAAUUUCUAAGAUUUCGCCUUCGAAUUUGGGCCUAAUUUGUCCUACUCUGACUUUAAUGGUUUUUACCUCGCUUAUCUGGAUACCUUUCAUGUUUAUUCGGGUUCCUCUCGUGUGCGUGGAAUUUGAAAGAGCACACUUCCUACUUUAUUAUUAUCUUUUAUUGGUCACUCCCUGUUGGGGGUCAGAAAUUCCAUUUUUUUUGAUAAUUUCUGAAGUUCUAUUCUAUAAGCAUACGAAUGUCGAAUCCACAUGGUUUCUCACUGACUAAGUGACUAGUCAGUUCCAGUGAUAUACAACAAGAGAACCUGAAUUUGCUAUAUCUCGAAGUUGGUGAAUCGGUCAUUAUAGAGAUUAGUAUGGCAUUACUUCCAUCUUCUCUGCCAACCGUCGAAUGCAGAGGACAUUUUCUGAAGAGUUUUGGAGUCUGUAGAUCUAAGUGUUCUACAAGCAAGCAUUUCUUUCUCAAAGUUGCUCCCAGAAAGAUUAAUAGGCUCUGGCAGAUGGAGUUGUGGCGAAGCUCCUGUGCUGUGUCUCCACGUUUUGGCCCUUUUGGGGAAAAUAGAGCUGUUGCAGUGAGCCCAGCUAAGAAGAUGGUUUCCAAUGGAUAUGUGGGCAGGGAAACCUAUAGAAAUAAAAUUUAUAGAAGAUUGGAUUCUUGUUUGGUCAUUCCUCCAUCCAGAGGCCAAAAACCUCGUGCCAUUAUCAAAUUCUUGGGAGGUGCCUUUAUCGGAGCAGUUCCAGAAGUUACAUAUAGCUAUCUAAUUGAGCUUUUGGCAAAGGAAGGAUUUCUUAUAAUUUCUGUUCCAUAUAAUGUGACAUUUGACCAUUCCCAAGCUGCACAAGAAGUGUAUGAGAAAUUCAAUUCAUGCUUAGAUAUGAUUUUAACAUCUGGGUUACCUGAUGCUAAUCUAUCAGCUGGCGAACUUGUACACCUUCCAAUUUAUUCUGUUGGUCAUAGCAAUGGCGCAUUACUCCAGUUACUCACAGGAAGCUAUUUCUCUGAGAAGAUACCAAAGGCUAAUGCUGCAAUCUCAUACAACAACAGGCCAGCGACAGAGGCGGUCCCAUACUUUGAGCAGUUGGGUCCUCUGGUUAGUCAGAUGAUGCCUUUAAUGGAAGCAUCUCCCAUGUAUUCAAUGGCUAGAAUUGCUUCAGGAGAUGCAUGGAAGGCUUUACUUGAUACAGCUGGAGCAAUGAUACAAGAGUAUGAUCAGGAAGCCAUGGUGUCUUUAACCAAAUUUGUAGAUCAGUUACCAUCAGUAAUGAAUCAGGUUACGCAGGGGGUAUCAGAAUUCAAGCCCACACCUUCUGAGAACCGUGAUUGUUUCAAGAAUUCUUACAAUGUCCAACACACAUUACUGGUUAAGUUCAACUCUGAUGCGAUUGAUGAAACUGAUCUGGUUGAAGAGGUCUUAAAACCUCGUGUAGAUGCCAUGGCAGGGACACUAGAAAAGGUUGUGCUGAGUGGGAACCAUCUUACACCAUGCAUACAGGAUCCAAGAUGGCAAGUGGGUAGCCUGUACACCCCGGCGGAUGCUAUUGCUCAGGGGCUUAAGGCACUUUCACUGAACGACACCAGGGUGCUUGCCAGAACCAUUACAGAUUGGUUCCAAGGUCUCAGCCAUCAUGGAUGAAUCAAAUCCACUCCAUGGUUUGGUUUGUCCACAAUUUCAAUUUGGUUAUCAUUCAUACCUAUAAUAUUUCUGUGCCAAGUAACAUCAUGGUACGUGGCCUCGACAAGGCACUAAAAGCGAAAAAAAAAAAUGUAUCAUCAAGCCAACAACUAUUAAUUGAUUCAUACAAAUGCGAUUUGGGACAAAGCUAA